AUUUCAUUUUCAAUCCAAGAGCGAAACCUACAUACCUAAAGAGCUAUAAAAAUAAAACUUAUUUCUUUUAAGAUUUUGUUUAUGAGAAAAUAAAAAUUGUUUUGUGAAAGAAUUUUGUGACUUUUCGUCCUCGAACUGAAUGAUUUUCUCGAAUAAAAAACAUUGACCCGAAAUUCGGCCAUGUGCGGGGUUGUUUUAUAGUUUGCUAAAAAUUUCAAGGAAACAAAUAGAUUGCAAGUUCCCCUGCAAUGGAUAGCGAAUCCUCUUCAUCUUCUUCACUGCCGUCAAUCAACGUGGAAGCAACAAGCAGCACAGAUCAAAAUCCUUCCUGUUCCAUAUGUAAAUGCGCUGAUGGUAAAGUUGCAGAGAUCUCGGACGUCGAGGAACUGAAAAGUAUAAAGGAUCAAAUUAUCGAGCAUUCGAGCAUCAUCAAAAAAGUAACCCAUGCCUGCUUAAAAUGUCUUUACAAAUUGUAUACGUUCAUUGAGCAUAGUCGAAUCGAAGAAUAUAAAAAGUCUCGAAAUAAACAACUAUUUGUUGUAGGUGAUCUCAUAGUUGAAACUGGUGGAAUUCGACCUUCAAUAUCAUUGUCAUCAGAAUCCUCUUCAUCGUCAAAUAGCUCUAUUAUCCCAGAUGAACAAAUAUUUGAAAGAGAAUUUGCAGGUGGCAAAAAUAUUCGCAUGGAUUCAGACUAUAACAACGACAGUGAUGAAAUAAAUGAACCUGAAGAAGAGGAAGAAGAAGAGCAUAUUGGCGAAAACAAUGAAAAUGCCAUAAAAGAAAUAUCCAUGGAAGAUCAUCAGAAUCGAAGAAGGAUUUCCGAUCACUCAGAUGAUUUGGACAUCAUGUUUGAGACUUCGGAAUCCGCUUUGGUUACUGAAUCUGGUGGCAAUCCCGGCCAGUACAAACCGCAACCGCAAAGAUGUUUGUAUUGUUCAAAAACGUUUGUGCGGCCGAAAAUGUACGAUAGACAUAUCAGAACGCAUGAAAAUAAACUUCGGAGUCGCAGUCGAAGUGCAUCUAGGGCUCGUUCGACACCUUCAAAUGUUGUUUAUAAAUGCGACGAUUGUCCCACUACAUUCUCUAGUUCGCAACUGCUCAAAAAGCAUUCAAAAAUUCAUCUCAAGCAGCAUAGUUGCAAUUAUUGCCAUUUAUACUUUUUUACUAGCUCCGAACGUGAUAUCCAUCAAGCUGAAUGCUUUGGAAAGGAAAUGGCCAAGACAUCCAUCACGAGGCAUUCUACACGAUCCGUGACUCGAUCUCUAGCCGCUCGAUCACAAUAUGCACAAUCAGAAAUACUGCAAAAGAAAAACAAAGCAGAAAACCACUGUGCGUCUAUUUCGAAAGAGAUUGGCAUAACAAAACAGUCAGCACAAUCUGUGGGAUAUGAUGAUGAAGAUGAUAACGAUGACGAAUUGUCAGUAUCGUGUUCGGAUCAUUUUAGCUUUGUUCAGAGCUGGGUAAACAAAACAUGCAAAAUGCUUAGUUCUGAAAUAGCUGCUGAGGAUCCAAUUGUUUUAUGUCAAAAGGAGUAUGACAUAAUCAUGCUAGAAAGGCUAAUAGAGCAAUCUGAAAUUUUUCAAUAUACCUGCACUUUUAUUGGGUGUGGUUAUACAACAAGAAGACUACGAGAUAUGUGUUUCCAUGAAGUAAAAACGCAUAGAUCAAAAACGUAUUACAAUUGUCGAAAGUGUAAAGGUCGAUUUACUUCAAAAUUGUUCCUGGAUUAUCAUUUGUAUUUGCAAAACUAUGGCGAAUAUCAUUGCAAUAAAUGUGGAAUGACAUUCAUUUAUGAGUACAAGCUUCAGCAUCAUUUGAUUCAGCACCAACAACACGAAUCAUUUCCCUGCCUGUAUUGUAAUUCAAGUUAUAUGUCAGAGACAGAACUUCGAAUACACGCCAUCGAAACUGGCCAUAACACGAAAAAAAGAAAGAAAACCAUAUCAAUUGAUAGGCUAAUGACAAUAACAAAUGCAAUUCCGCCUGAACCACAACCACCAAAGAGAGAAUAUAAGUUUACAGAAAAGAUAUUAGAUCUGCCAAAAACCGACACCAAGCGACCAAUGGAUAUUAUUUGGCCAAAGUACACUAAAAUAUUUUUGGGGGAUCUUGACUUUCAAUAUCAGCCAGGCAGAAAUUGUGUCAAAACAAAUUAGAUAAUGUUGCACAUCUUUCAAAACCAACAUAGAAUAAAUAUUUAUUUUUUACUUUAUUAAAUUAAACAAGCAAACAUUUUGACAGUGCAUUGCUAGUCUUACAGCAAUAUAAAAUCAAUCUUUGUUGCCGAAACACAUCAAAUAACAAUGGACUCAUCGAAUGGGGUGAAUUAGUUUAAAUUAGUAACACUUAGUCUGCUCCAGCAUUUUGCAGUUGCCACGAUUGUUAAUGGAUGAAGAAAGGAUUGAUUUUUAGAUGACUAUUAUUGUACCUAAAAAACAUUAUUUGAAUUUUGUGGAAUUUUAAGUUAUUUUAGUAUUUUAAAAUGAGAAAUAUUUAAAUACAGCGUUGAUUAAAAUAAAUGAAUAGAAGUUGAUUGAAAAAAUAA